UGGUCAAACUUGAAAGAAUGCGAGGUAACAUCUUCGUUCCUGACACUACUUUUUGAUGGAUCCUAUCGCUGCUGUGGUGCGGAGCUCAUACUCGGUGACAGAUUAACGCCUCGCCGAGUCCUUAUGCUAUUGUGACUUACGCACAGCAUGCGAGGCUCACAUGAAUAUAUAAUCUAGGUCAAUCUAAUGCACUAAGAUUGCCUUCCGAAUGUCUGAAACAGCAAUAACUAUUGGACCAGCGGUGGUUGGAUCAAUGAUCGCCAGCUACCUAUUUGGUUGCUCGACGAUGCAAACACACACUUACUAUAAGCGCUUUCCAGGUGACAGAAGGAUAUUUCAAAUUCUGGUGGCAGCCGUGAUGAUGUUGACAUUUGCGCAUAUCAUCUGCAUCAUGUAUUGGACAUGGACCCUGACCGUUAAAGGUUGCGAGAAUCCUGACAGUGUAACCAUAUUCUCCAGCUCUCGGGACGCAAAUCUCAUCCUGACACCCCUGAUUAGCACUCUUGUUCAGAUGUUUUUCAUUUACAGAUUGUUCAAAUUCUCAGGAAGCAAGACGGUUGCCGCAUUUUGUGGCAUUCUCAGCAUAUUGAAUCUUACCGGCACUUUGGUGGAUGCAGUCGAGGCACUGAGCGGUUCCGCAAACAGAACAGCGCAAAACACACGAAAUUGGUUGACAAUCCUGACUCUCGUUGCAGCCGCUGUUUGCGAUCUGAUAACUACGAUUGGUCUGGUGUAUGUCCUGCAGCGUGAACGCAGACGGACCAAAGUUCACCAAACACAAAAUAUCGCUGACCGUCUAACUCUUUGGGCAAUUGAAACUGGUCUCGCCACUAGCAUGUCUGCUGUCUUAGUUAUUGUCUUCUUUUGUGCCAUGAGAAAUACUUUCUUAUGGACUGCUAUUUACGACGUUCUGGCUGAUGUUUAUACAAAUUCACUCCUGGCCGCACUCAAUAGCCGCAAGCCCACUCGCAUUCGGGAUACUCGUGUCAUCGAGUUUUCCGCCGGUCGCAACACAUCACCUGACCCUGUCAGCGAAAAAACCGGAGAUUGUUAAUUAGAUUAUUCACAUCCAAUAGUGACCAACGAUGAGUCGACAGUCACGGUAGUCAUCGCUUCCGUGAGCCAAUGACUCACACAUCACUCGGGUUCGGCUCCUUGACGUGAACACAAAUCAAACA